AUGCCUCCAAAGCAAUAAAAAUAGAAGGCACCAGUAGGAUACAAGGCUGCAGCCUUAGCCAAAGAUAUUUUACCUACAAGCGUCAAAAACCCUCCUAGAGAAGGAAAAAGUGUUAAAAUUCCUGACGCAGUUGCCAUUUAAUAAAAUUAAGCAAUAGCUAACUAACUUAAUGCCCCAUUAUUUGAAGAAUAUCCAAAAAUUGAAGAAUGGCCAGGAGAUGAUGCUGCAAAAAAUUUUGAUUUCAAUAUUGAAGGAACUACUAAUUUUGUUGAUUAAAAUUUCAGCACAAAUAAACUUACUCCUUCCUUUGUUAAUGACAAUUCAAAUUUAAUCUUUUGGAGACGUCCUACUGAAUUUAUCUAAAUAGAAUAAGAAGAAUUACAAACAAUUUAAAAUAAAUACAACAUCAAAAGACGUACUAGUUAUUAUCAAACUGUUGUAAGUGAAGAGCACAGUUUUAAGAAGAAAGAAGAGUUUUAACACUCUCCUUUAAAAGGUUUACAUGAUGAACCUACAAAACUUUAAGUUAAAGUUUUCGAAUAUUAUGAAAGGGAGGAAACACAACAAGAGUUUGAAUAGCGUAAAAAAGAAUAAAUGGAGAAAGAAGAAAAAGAAAAAAAGACCAAGAAACCAGCAAAAAAGGUAGAACAAGUUGAAGAUAAACCAGGAUUGGUUAAAGAUAUAAAACUAAAUAGCAUAGAUCUUUCCUAUUAAUAUCCUUCAGAUUCAAAAUGGAUUGCCUCAUAAUUGUAACUUAUUAAGGAUAGAAAUAUUAGGGAUUGCUACACAAACAAACCUUUGCACUCUAAAAUAUACCCUUAAUAAGAUAACAUUCCAGUUUACAAUAAAACAGGGAGAUAUUGGGUUAAACUGUAUUAUCUUGGUAAAGAAAGAAAAAUUGAAAUAGAUGAUAAGAUGCCAGUUAACUUUAAAGGUUAAUGCAAAUUUCCUCGUUCAGUUAAGAAAGAAGAAAUAUGGACUUGCAUUAUCACAAAGGCAAUAUUUAAACUUAUGCAAAUCAGCUAAGAUAUUACAUGUAUUAACAAUUUAUGUGGAUCUGGAUUUGUUAUGUACACUCUAACUGGUAUGUUAAGUCAGAGCAUACCAAUGCAAAUUAAUUCUAAAUCCACUUCGGAAUGGCAAAAUAAAUUAAAUUUCAUUAGAGAAAUGCUCAAUGAUAAGCAUUACUUAGAUUAAGAUAUUUUAGUUACUUGCUAUAGCGAACCUGGAUUUUAACCUAAAAUUGAGUAAGGAUAAAACAAUUCUAGAUUGAGUGUGGUUCAAUAAAAAAAAAGUAAAGAUUCCUCAGAAUUGGCUGAAUAAAUUAAAGAAGAAUCUCCAAUUGAUAGAAGAAAGAGUUAAGAUGAAGAAUAAGGUCAUUAAAAACAUACUAAAAUGUUUAUUGAACCUAUUAAAAUACCACAAAGAGGAAGAGAGAGUGCAGAUAGCUCAAAUGAUGAUACCCAUCAAAGAAGUCCAUAUAAGAGAAAAUAGCAAAGAAACCUGACAACUGGAGGUAUCGUAAGAUAUUCCACUUAAGUAUUCGAUUAGAUGCAUAAAGCUAUGCAUGAUCCUCAUAUAAGCGGAAUAGAAGCUGAUGAAGAGGAAGUUGCUAAUAACAGCAUGUCAAUUCAAAACCAAUCAAUGAGUCCAACUAAAAGAUAAAAUCCUAUGUUAUAAGAAAUAAAAAAAGCUUCUAGCAUAAUAUAGCAAACAUAAAAAAAUAUCCCCACAAACGUUAUUUCAGGAUUUGCUUAUCCAUUGAUUGAGUGUUUCUACAAUGAUACAUUUAAUAUGGUUUAUGUCUAGAAGCGUACUGAUAAAGAAAUAAAAUUGAGACAAGAGUAUGUUGAGUUGUCUAACUAAUCAAUCAACAAAAUGAGUAAGGAAGAAAAAAUUGAGCAUAGAAAAAAGAAAAAGGAUAUUAGAGAUAAGAUAGGAGAUGAAGAGAAAAAAAGAAUAGAGUUGAUUACUAGACCUCCAAUUUAAUAUAAAUAUUUUAGGCUUAAAUCUGGAGCUGGAAAAGUCCCUCAAAUAAGUAUUCUCACUCCUUUCUCUAAUGAUGAAAUUUAAAUAGCAAAAACUUGCAUAGUUAACAAACUAAAUAAACCUCCAAACUACUAAGAUGGUGCAGAAAUCAGAGAUGAUGGUAAAUCGAUUGUAUCAAGUGUUAUGAAAAAUUAAGAAGAAACACUACAAAUGAAGCCUCUUGAUGAUUUUUCAUCAGUAAAUAACUUUGUAGAACCUUUAAAUAAAGGAUAAGGUGGAGUCUGGAUAUUAGAUAAUGAUCUCAUAGGAUGCUUUUAGAACUUUUAGAUAUUCUACAACCCUGCUAAAUUCCCACAUCACAAAACUAUUAAUAUUGCUCAAGCAGUAGAUUCUGAAAUAACAACAGGAGAAGACAAUGAAGUUUUACUUGUUGAAAGAAAUGAUAAUAAAGAAAAUCCCGACGAAGAUGUCUAAAUGCUUUUUGGAUUUACAGCAAAAGAAUCUAAAACAGCCAAAAUUAUUCCUGAACCAUACUGCAUUUUAUAGAAAUUUGAUUUUGGAUCAUUUAGCGCCAUACAUGAGUUCCAACCGUUGAAAGGAAACUAAAGCUCUUAAAUGAUAACUCUUGAUAAUUCAAAUCAAGUUUUUAAAAUUUUAGUUUACACUCCUGUUUCAUUUUCUCUUAACAUCUCUUGUCAUAAUUCUUUUAGGACUAUGUCUGUUCUUAAUUACCUAACUGAAUACGAAGGAUAUAGUGUUAAAAAUUUUAAUAUUGAAUAUCUAGCUAUGGAAGAGAAAAAGUACCAUGUAUUUUUUAGAUUCAGAAUUCCACAAUAGGAACAUGAAACUUUGUUUUUAAUGAAAGUUAAAUCAACUACUGAUAAUCACAUGCUCAAAUACCUCAGAUUGAAAUUAGUUGAAGAGGAUUCUGAAGGUUAAGGUGUCAUGCUAAAUACUAUUUAAGGCGUUAACAAAAAUCUUUACGAAUCUACUUUCAGUCUAUCAAAUUACCUUCGUCUUUCCAUCAGAGAACAUACUAAUUACUAUUUGGUAUUAGAAGGAGAACCUCCCUAUACAAUUGCUGAAGGUGCACUUUAAGUUGAUUUCUACUACAAAAAUCCUGACUUGACUUUCGAAAAUUUAGAACACGUUGAACCUUUGCAAUAUAUUGAAAAAUACAUUCCUACUAAGUAUGGAAUAAUAUUUAGAGAAAAAUUAUAUGUUGGAGAAUAAACAAUAGCAUCUUUCCACUUAAAAAUUAUGGAUAUUAUAGGAUAAGUAGCCCAAUAAGUUGAUCCAAAGAAGAAGGCAGGAAAACCAUCAGGAAAUGAUUAAGCUGAUUUUUAAGAAAAAGAAAUAGAAGAAAAACAUUUAGUUAAGCUUGAGCUUUUUGAAAAUGGAUAAUCCGUCAUUUAUAAUAUUGGACAUAAUCAAACCCUCUUCUCAAAUGUAAUUUUAAAAUCCACAAAGAAUGAAGAAGUCUAAUAUCUGCUAGAAGCUACUUUCGAUUUAAGAGAUUGGCCUGAUGCCAAAACUUUAAACAAGUUAACAGAAAAUAUUCAUUGGCUCUUAAAAGUUGUAAGCACAGAAACUAUUGCUCUUGUUAAAGAUACAGACAAAGAAGAUAGAGAAAAAGCUAUUAAGAAGAGUUGGGAAGACAGCGAACCAGGAAGAGCAGACAAAUCUAAAAAAUCUAGAAAGAAAUUUUUAGCUUUGAUUAAAUAACAAAAUGGUGAAAAACUCACAGAAGAAGAAAAUCUACUUUUAAAUGAGCCCAGAUUAAGUAAGAAACAAAGAGAAGAACAAACAUAGCAAGCACAAGCAGGAGGUAAAAAGUAGCCAAAGAAAGAAGAAAAGAAACCACCUGUAAAAGGUAAAGGCAAAGAGGAAGUUGUUGAGGAAAAAAAAGAAAUAAGACCAACCCCUCAGAGUCAAAAUCAUAGGACUAAUGAAAUUAAAGCUUUCUUAGAACAUAUGGAAUAAGAAAGAGUAAGUGAACACUUAGCUGAUCACCCAGGGUUAAUUUAGAUUAGAUCAGAAGAAAAUAAAUUGGAAAUUAGGGAGAAUGCUUUGAUGGCUAAAGAAGAAGUAGCUGCCAUAUUUUAAAGAAAUAUUUAGCUUCGUGAAGAGUUAAAGCAGUAUUAACUUGAAUAAAUCAAGAGGAUACAAACAUUUAUGCAAGGUGAUAGAGCUGCUUUUAAGGAAAAUUGGUAAAAGUUCAUUGAAACUAGAGAAGAAGUUAAGUCUAAGAUGAGUGCUAAGACUUAAAAAGAAAAAGAAUUUAUAGAUAUUUUGAAAGCUGAAAAGGCAAAUAUCACUUUAAACGAGCUAGAAAAACUAAUAAACGACUCAUAAAAUAUACCUGAUUUAAAUGACUAACUAAUUGAAACUUCUAAAAAGUUAUUAAAGAACUUGAGAAUAUAAGCUUUAACAGAUAAGAUGAAUGAUAGCUUAAAUACUUUCAAUGUAGAAUCUCUUAACACAUGUUUUGAUGACUAUAAAAAAUUCAGUGUAACAGGUAUUGAUGCCGAAUUAAUAAAAAGAGUAGAAGACAUGAUAGCAGAAGCUAAAGAUAACCCAAAUUACACACAAGAAAAGUUAUUAGAACAAAAAAAGGCUGGUAAAAAGGGUAAAAGAUGA